AUGAUCUUUAACACGAUAUGCAACAACAGGAUAAAUAACGCGAUAAGCACCAUCAGGUUGCCUCAUCCGAAGGAAUGUAAUCUAUAUUACAUUUGUCACGAAGACGAGAGCACAAUUUACAAGUGUCCCGAUGGUCUGCAUUUCAAUAACGUUAUUAAGCAGUACUGGCCACCUGCAGGAUGUUUCCUCAGAUUGAAUUCAGAUACUCAAUCAGAUAUACCCAAGGAACAAGCCAAUCCGUCUAAUUGUGUCGGUUCAUUUCCAAUUUCAUGUCUUAAGGAUAAAGUGGUACUUCUGCCGUAUAGGGAUGACUGUAACAAAUUUUGCUCAUACAGCAACGGUAGGCUUAUCGUUUUGUCCUGCCCACCCGAGUUACAUUUUCACGAAGCAAAGCAAGUCUGCAACUGGCCAGAGAUAACCAAUUGCACAUAUUUAGUGGCCACUUUAUACGUGGUCACAUUGGGUAUCCUCAAUGGAUCACUAGCUGAUAUUCCAACAGAAUGUCCCAAGACCAAUGUACAGAAUGAGACAGUUUUUGUGCCUCAUGAAAAUGACUGUACUAAAUUCUAUAGUUGUCACAUGGGAGUGAAAGGGAAGGAAAUAGAUUGCCCUUUCAUGGAUGAGGAUGGUAAUAAAUUACACUUCAAUUAUAAACUUCAAGUAUGUGAUUGGCCCUGGCGUGCAGGAUGUCAGACAUCGAAUUCGACAACUUCAUCAACUAUUUCGACAUCAAUAACUACGUCAAAUACUACGAUUUCUCCAACGCCUACAACACCGACAUCUUCGACAACGAGUUCUCCAACACCGACGACUCCGACACCGAGUUCUACAACAUCAACGACUCCGACACCGAGUUCUACAACGCCAACAACUCCGACAACGAGUCCUACAACAUCAACGACUUCGAUACCAAGUUCUACAACAUCGACGACUCCGACACCAAGUUCUACAACAUCGACGACUCCGACACCGAGUUCUACAACAUCGACGACUCCGACACCGAGUUCUACAACGCCAACAACUCCGACACCGAGUUCUACAACGCCAACGACUCCGACACCGAGUUCUACAACAUCGACGACUCCGACACCGAGUUCUACAACAUCGACGACUCCGACACCGAGUUCUACAACAUCCACGACUCCGACACCGAGUUCUACAACAUCCACGACUCCGACACCGAGUUCUACAACGCCAACGACUCCGACACCGAGUUCUACAACAUCAACGACUCCGACACCGAGUUCUACAACGCCAACCACUCCGACACCGAGUUCUACAACAUCGACGACUCCGACACCGAGUUCUCCGACAACUCCGUCAUUGGAUUCUUGCACGUCUGAUGACGAAAUACACAUGCUUCCCCAUAAAACUAGGUGCGAUUAUUACUAUUCAUGUUUCAAUGGUUGGGUAAGUCCUAUCCCCCAGAAAUGCGACCGCAAUUUAUUAUUUAAUUCACUGCUUCGUGUAUGUGAUUAUCCUGAAAACGUAAACUGUAAUAACUCUUUGCCGAAUAUGGAUAGAUCAAAUCCAUCAUCGACUUCGCCACCGUUUAAUUCCUCAUUGCCGGCAAAAUCGGAUCCAAUAGCUUGGAUUUGCGUAUCAAAUGGCAAGCACUAUAAGAUUCCUCAUGAAAUUAUGUGCGAUUAUUAUUAUUGGUGUGUCGACGGCAUAAAAGGUACACAAUCGGUAAGAUGCGAAAGUAACUUAUUAUUCAAUCCAGUAAUCGGUGAAUGUGAUUACUCAGAAAACGUAGACUGUGAAAAAAGAAUUACUUCGUCACCUGAUACUACAAUUUCUCCCCCAACUCCAACGACUACGACUCCGAUUCCAACGACUACGACUCCAACGACUACGACUCCAGGGACUACGAUUCCAACGAUUACGACUCCAACGACUACGACUCCAACGACUACGACUACGAUUCCAACGACUGCGAUUCCAACAACUACAACUCCAACGACUACAACUUCAACAGAAACAACUACAAAAGAAAUAACAACUCCUACAAUUACAACAGAAACUCCAACAACAAAAUAUCCUAAUAAACCCCGUGAAAAAUGUCCUCCAAGGGAAUCAACGGAGGAAGCGCGAAUUGCUCAUCCAUGUCUAUGCAACCAAUAUUAUGAUUGCAUAAAUGGUGAAAAGAUUUUACAAACAUGUCCAAUCGGCAAACAUUUUGAUUAUGAGAGAGAGGUUUGCGACUGGGCCUCAGUAGUAAAAUGUAUUCGACCGAUUCCAACUUUUAACAUUUUAAGCUCCGACAUUCCAAUUAAUGAUUAUAAUACUACAUGUGCUCCAGAAGGCAGAGCAUUUCUACACAACACCGAUUGUUCUACAUAUUAUUUGUGCUCCAACGGUGAAAAAAUUUUAAAACAGUGUAAGGAAGGACUUCAUUUCAAUACAACCAUCCAAACAUGCGACUAUCCGCAAAAGAGUUGCGAUCUAAACAAAUCUUCGCCGAGAAUCAAUCUGGAUAUUUGCCCUCCUCCAGAUUCCGUACAGAAAGUAUUUUUGCCUCACGAAUGUGAAUGUACACAAUAUUACGAAUGUAUUGGUGGAAAGAAAGUUCUUCGAUUUUGUCCGAAUCGUCUACAUUUUGAUCACGUUUGGCAAAUUUGUAACGAUCCAAUUGAGGCCAAAUGUGUUGCUAAUACAAUUUCGCCGCCUACAACAAUACUUACAACAUCAUCAACAGCUAUCGAUGAACCCCGUAUAACAUGUCCUCCUCAGGGAUCCACCGAAAAAUUACUACUUCCUCAUCCAUGUAUAUGCAAUCAAUAUUACGAGUGCGUGGAAGGUGACAAGGUAUUACGAACAUGUCCAACCGACAUGUACUUUAAUUACGCAACAGAGGUCUGCGAUUGGAGCACCAAAGUAAAAUGCGUCUCGCCAUUUCCAUCUCACAACAUCCAAAUUAACGAUCACAAUACUAACAAUAAAUGUUCUCCAAACGACAGAGCGUUUAGUCAUGAAAAUAGCUGCUCCGAGUAUUAUUUAUGCUUAAAAGGUGAAAAAGUUUUAAAACACUGCAUAGAAGGACUUCAUUUCAACGUUACUAUACAGAUGUGCGAUUAUCCGCAAAAGAAAUGUGAUCUAAAUACACCUGGGCCUCAACCUAUACCGACAAUCAUAUUAGAUGUUUGUCCUCCCGCAGGCUCCAUAGAAAAAGUACUGUUGCCUCACGAGUGCGAUUGCACGCAAUAUUAUGAGUGUAUUGACGAAAAACGGAUUCUUCGAGAUUGUUUGAAUGGGCUACACUAUGAUUACGUUCGUCAGAUUUGUAACGUGCCAACUGAAGCCAGAUGCAAUGAUUUCACAACGACGAUUCCUAAAGGCUCGUUUCCUAUCACUCCCGAUUUAAGUAAAUGUUACGAUGACAAUAAAGAAAUACCUCAUGAAAACGAUUGCAGAUCUUACUAUAAGUGCAGCAAUGGUAAGAAGAUUUUGAAGACAUGUCCUAGAAACUUAUACUUUAAUCCAAAACUUCGAGUAUGCGAUUAUCCGGAGAACGUUGUCUGCAACGUUGAAGGAAACAUACCCACUACAUCAACACCAACCAAGUGCGAAAAAAUAACAGGAACCUACAAUAUUCCUCAUGAUACCGACUGCAAUUUGUAUUACGUCUGCGAGAAUGGCAUUAGUACACUUAAAAAGUGCUCCCCAAAUCUCAUUUUUAAUCCUGUUCUGAAAGUCUGUGAUUUCCCAGAGAAUUAUGCCUGCAAUGUGACAGACGAAAAGAACAACAUUAAAAAAAUUGAUGAAAUAGUUGAAAAUCCUGAUCCGUCUACUUGCAUCGGUAUCUGCCCUGAAGAAGAUCCUGAGUAUGUAGUGUUACUUUCAAACGACGAUUGCAAAAAGUUCUGUAUGUGUAGCGGUGGCUACGCAUGGGUUCAAUCGUGUCCUGAGCCUCUCUAUUUUGAUUCUGUUGAAAGGAUCUGUAAGAAAAAGAAGGAUGCCAUUUGUGGCGUACGCUUAUAUAAUCAAGACAGCGCUUUCAUGAUUGAUAAUUUGGUCGACAAUGACAAUUCGAUGAAAACUCUAAUCACUACAAAUAACAAACAUAGAACGUAUGACAAUCUCGAUCCAUCUACUUGUAUUGGUACUUGUCCAAAAAAAGACCCUGAGUUUCCAGUGCUACUCCCGAACGAUGACUGCAAGAAGUUCUGUUUUUGUAGUCGUGGCGUGGCAUGGGUUCAACUAUGUCCCGUAACUCUCUAUUUUGAUUCUGUUGAAAGGAUCUGUAAGAAAAAGAAGGAUGCCAUUUGUGGCGUACGCUUAUAUAAUCAAGACAGCGCUUUCAUGAUUGAUAAUUUGGUCGACAAUGACAAUUCGAUGAAAACUCUAAUCACUACAAAUAACAAACAUAGAACGUAUGACAAUCUCGAUCCAUCUACUUGUAUUGGUACUUGUCCAGAAGAAGACCCUGAGCUUGCAGUGCUACUCCCGAACGAUGACUGCAAGAAGUUCUGUUUUUGUAGUGGUGGCGUGGCAUGGGUUCAACCAUGUCCCGUACCUCUCUAUUUUGAUUCUGUUGAAAGGAUCUGUAAGAAAAAGAAGGAUGCCAUUUGUGGCGUACGCUUAUAUAAUCAAGACAGCGCUUUCAUGAUUGAUAAUUUGGUCGACAAUGACAAUUCGAUGAAAACUCUAAUCACUACAAAUAACAAACAUAGAACGUAUGACAAUCUCGAUCCAUCUACUUGUAUUGGUACUUGUCCAGAAGAAGACCCUGAGCUUGCAGUGCUACUCCCGAACGAUGACUGCAAGAAGUUCUGUUUUUGUAGUGGUGGCGUGGCAUGGGUUCAACCAUGUCCCGAACCUCUCUAUUUUGAUUCUGUCAAAAAGGUCUGUAAGAAAAAGAAGGAUGCCGUUUGUGGCGUACGUUCGUACCAUCAAUAUAACGCUUUCAUGAUUACUAAAGUGAUCAAAAAUGACAGUUUUCUGAAAUCUUUGACUAAUGAAAAUAACAACAAAUAUGAAACAUAUAACGAUCUUGAUCCAUCUACUUGUAUCGGUACUUGUCCAGAAGAAGACUCUGAGUUUGCAGUGCUACUCCCGAACGAUGACUGCAAGAAAUUCUGUUUUUGUAGUGGUGGCGUAGCAUGGGUUCAACCAUGUCCUGAACCUCUCUAUUUUGAUUCUGUUGAGAAAACUUGCAGGCGGAAAAGGGAUGCUGUUUGUGGAGUACGUUCAUACAAUCAAAAUAGCGCUUUUACGAUUGAUAAAACGAUCGACAAUUCGAUAAAAACUCUGACUGAUGAAGAUAACAACAAACGUGAGACAUAUAACAAUUUUGAUCCAUCUACUUGUAUUGGUACUUGUCCAGAAGAAGGACCUGAGUUUGGAGUAUUACUCCCAAACGAUGAUUGCAAAAAAUUCUGUUUGUGUAGCGGUGGCAUGGUGGCGUGGGUUCAAACAUGUCCUGGUCCUCUCUAUUUUGAUUCUGUUGAGAAAACUUGUAAACUGAAGAAAAAUGCUGUUUGUGCAGUUCGUCUAUUUAACGAAGAUCAUGUCUUUAUGGUUAAUGAGAAAUGA